CUGCCGGGCUCGGGACCCUGGAGUGCUGCUUUGAGUGGGCCCGGCUGCUGGGCCGCCGGCUCCGGCGCGUGGGCCUCCUCCGAGGCGGGGCCGCGUGCGCUCGGGCCAUGGCGCGCCUGGGCGCCGUGCGCUCGCACUACUGCGCACUGCUGCUGGCCGCGGCGCUGGCAGUGUGCGCCUUCUACUACCUGGGCUCGGGCCGGGAGACCUUCUCCAGCGCCACCAAGAGGCUGAAGGAGGCCCGCGCCGGGGCCGCCGCGCCCACGCCGCCCGUGCCAGAGCUGGCCCGGGGCUCCGCGGCACCGGCCUCCGGUGCCAAGGCCAAGAACCUGGAGGGCGGCUUGGCGGUCCCGGUGGACUACCACCUGCUCAUGAUGUUCACCAAGGCGGAGCACAACGCGGCGCUGCAGGCCAAGGCUCGAGUGGCGCUGCGCUCCCUGCUGCGCCUCGCCAAGUUCGAGCCGCACGAGGUGCUUAACCUCCACUUCGUGAGUGAAGAGGCCAGCCGCGAGGUGGCCAAGGCCCUGCUGCGGGAGCUCCUGCCGCCUGCCGCCGGCUUCAAGUGCAAGGUCAUCUUCCAUGAUGUUGCUGUGCUGACAGACAAGCUCUUCCCUGUCGUGGAGGCCAUGCAGAAGUACUUCAGUGCUGGCUCAGGGACCUACUACAGCGACUCCAUCUUCUUCCUCUCGGUUGCUAUGCACCAGAUCAUGCCCAAAGAGAUCCUGAGGAUCAUUCAGCUGGACCUUGAUCUGAAGUAUAAGACCAACAUCCGAGAGCUGUUUGAGGAGUUUGAUAACUUCCUGCCCGGUGCUGUCAUCGGCAUAGCCAGAGAGAUGCAGCCUGUGUACAGGCACACAUUCUGGCAGUUCCGCCACGAGAACCCCAAGACCAGAGUUGGGGACCCUCCGCCUGAAGGACUCCCUGGCUUCAACAGUGGAGUGAUGCUGCUGAACCUGGAGGCCAUGCGCCAGUCUCCGCUCUACGGCCAUCUGCUGGAACCUGCGUGGGUGCAGCAGCUUGCUGACAAGUACCACUUCCGGGGCCACCUGGGGGACCAGGACUUCUUCACCAUGAUCGGCAUGGAGCACCCAGAACUCUUCCACGUGCUGGACUGCACCUGGAACCGGCAGCUGUGCACCUGGUGGAGGGACCAUGGCUACAGCGACGUCUUCCCGGCAUACUUUCACUGUGAGGGCCACGUCAAGAUCUACCAUGGGAACUGCAACACUCCUAUCCCGGAGGACUAGGCACCAGCUCGCCUGCUAUGCCAGUGGGGCUCCCGGGCCUGGGAAGAGAGAGACUCGGCUCGGAUGCCCUCCAGGGGCCAGGUGCUGCAGACUCCCCAGCUGGCUGGUUCCUGUCCCCACGGUCGCCAUCCAGAGAGGCUCAGCUGAGCCCUCCUGGCACUCAGGCUGUUUCGCUCCGGGCAUCCUGGGACACACAUGGGCGGUUGAAGAUCCGGAAGGAAGGGAAAUUGCCCCCCUGUCUACAUAGAAUCAGAACCCUUGUAAAGGUCUGGCUUUGCUAGACUGAAUAAGCAUCCCGAGCGGCAGGCUCUAAUGCUUUGUGAGAGAACAGACUGCUGGGCUCCCAGUGAGCACUGAAUGCCGAGUCAGGGUUUUAACAAGCAGCCCAGGGCGGAAACCUUUCUCGAGUCCUUUCCCAGGAGGCUUUGCACCUCCUCCAGGCGUUCAUGUUGCCUGGUUCAGGUUGCCUGGAUAAAGCCUGAGCACGUAAGAAUCCGCUUACUGUCGCACUCGCAGCUCUACCCCUACUGUAUCCCAGAACCGUCCACCUGCCCCAGGGACUGACCACUAAGGAAUCAAAUCUAUCAUCAAAGGACAGAGAUUGCCCAUGCCACGGCGUGCACUAGAUUCACUCCAAGGAGCAGCCAACCAGGUCUCAGGUACAACUGGGUGAGCUUGGGAAGAGGUGGCCUCCUAGUCUCAUCAUAGUCCCUGGAGAGGAAAGAAAACAAACUCCUAAUUUCCCUUCCCAGAAGUGAGUACCAUUUCUCUAUGUACGCUUGUGAUGGACUCUGUAAGUCAACUGCCCACAGGAAGUCCCCACAGGCCAUGUCUGUAGCCUCAGGCAAUAAAUGGGAGGUUCUUACUGUAUAGUCCGUAAUUACCAUGAGAGACACUAGUCUUUGAGAACACUGAGUCAUGGCGUUUGCUCUCUGGCUGCAGUGUCCAGGGCACAGGGCUCUGAAAGAAGAAUAGAGUCAGUAUCAACCAGAAGACCUAAAAGGACCAACCGGAAGGCCUGCCGGUGGCUGCCAGUUGGGUGGUGCUGUCCUGUUUGGUUCCAGAUGCAGAACUGUCUCAUUCUAGCUCUUGGCAGGCUCAUCUGCUGCCAGGAAGAAGCCCAGAUGUCGCUGGCUCCUUAGCCCAGACCUUCCAGUUCCGUUCAUGCUGGUGAGGUGGCACACUCCUUCGCCAGCCCUCUGCUGGGCCCAGGUCAUCUGUUCGCCCAGCUACUUGGCGUCCUAUUUAUAGCGUCUGUUCUCAGAUGCCUGCUGUGCGCCAGGCGUCGGCUUAAGGAUUUCUGUGUGCCCUGGAUAAUAAUCAUGAAAACCUCAACAAGUUCAUCCCAGCUCGAAAACUGAGCUAUGAAAACAGACAUGGAUGGGCCCUCUGUUGUGUCGUUUACUGAAGCUUUUUAUUUACAGAAAUGUUGGAAACUGUUGGCUAGGGAAGCAGAUAAAUAAUGCAUACUGCAGUCAUAUGGUGGGAUAUAUUAGGAAUCAUCUGAAGGAAUAUUUCAUGUACCAGGAAAUACUUAUGCUAGUGAGUAAAGAAUACACAAAUAAGAUUGUA